GGGAGGGGCGUGACGUCACGGGAGAGACCGGGAAUUGAGGCGAAUGGAGAGACGAGACAGGGGAAGGAGGAGAAGGCACACAGGCGAGAGCGGGGGGAUGCCUGGAUCAAAGGAAAACAAAACAAAUACUCAUAAUAAUGAUCAUUUCAAAAACAGUCAUGACUUCAGUAAUUGACACGAGGUUAUUCGUUCCACUGUUCACAGAACGCUGCAAUAAAUGACGAGCCGGCCCGCGAAGAAUACUCCCACUUGAGAGAGAUGUCAUCUCCAGGCAUGGGCACCCCAAGUGACCCCCUCUUGGCCAGUCCAGGAGGGAGGUUAUCCACAGCUCAGGAAGGGAUCUGGAGGAGCUCACUACCCAAGACUGCCAGCUUCCCAACAUCCACCACUCGCCACCUCAGCCACAGGGCCAACAACUUCCAAAGACAGCCAAAGCGCCGGAAGCUAAUACGGCCUUCCCCUCCUCCCCCGCCCAACACACCCUGUCCCCUGGACCAGCUGGACCUCAGUGAGCUUCCCCCAAGGCGCACUUUUCAAGAGCUACUCUUCAACGGCUGCAUCCUGUUUGGCAUUGAGUUUAGCUACGCGAUGGAAACAGCUUAUGUGACUCCUGUGCUUUUACAGAUGGGCCUACCUGAUCAGUUCUACAGCUUGGUGUGGUUCAUUAGUCCCAUUCUUGGAUUCCUCGUCCAGCCUCUCAUCGGAGCUUGGAGCGAUCGUUGUACAUCAAGGUUUGGGAGGAGAAGACCGUUUAUUUUUGCUUUGGCUGUAGGAGCUUUGGUUGGUCUAACGCUGGUGUUGAAUGGACGGGACAUGGGGGGUGUCCUGGCUGACACAGCAUCAAACCACAAGUGGGGAAUCAUCUUGACAGUGUGCGGUGUGGUUUUGAUGGAUUUCAGCGCCGAUUCAGCGGACAACCCGAGCCACGCCUACAUGAUGGACGUGUGCAGCCCGGAGGAUCAGGAUCGAGGGCUGAACAUUCAUGCGUUACUAGCAGGACUGGGAGGAGGAUUUGGCUACAUUGUAGGUGGCAUCAACUGGGACCAGACGCAGUUUGGGAGGUCGAUGGGGGGUCAGCUGCGGGUCAUUUAUCUGUUUACGUGUGUCACGUUGGUCUUCGCCACAGCCAUGACUCUGAUCAGUAUACCCGAGAGGCCGUUACCAAAAAGCCAGCCAAACAAAAACUCCAGUAAAAACCAUUUAAAAAGCCCCAGCCUCCCUCUUCCCCCCUCCCCUCCGGUUCCCCCUGGAGUGACUCUGGGACCGGACGAAGAAAAUGAGGAAGGACUUUACAGCUACAGUUUUUCUAAAUCGCAUCCAGGUAAUUCUGACCCUUUGGCGCAUUCUUGCAGCGCUAAUGCCCGUCUUUGUGUUGGCCUCACGAGUCCCAUUUCCCCCCUAAGCCCCCUCACUCCAAAAUAUGGCAGCUUUAUUAGCAGGGACAGCUCGCUGACAGGCAUCAAUGAGUUUGCCUCCUCGUUAGGAACCUCCUAUAUAGACCGUGUGCUUAUAGAUUGCUACACUGGUCAGCAGACUCCCCCAGCCCUGGCCUACAGCUCCAUCACUGUACCCCUGCCUCCAGGGGACUCCCCUCCUGCCUCCUCACAGGGGGGAGGGAACCCUCCUGCAGAGCAAACUCAGGCUGACGUUGGGUCUUGCUCAGCUGGUGAGUCUCAGGUUGCAGAAGGGCCUCAGUCUGAGGUGGAUGCACAAACUCAGAAAGGUCAGGUCUCAGCGGAGUCUCAGCCUGGUGCAGGGUUGCACCGGGGAUCCACUGCUGGGAUCCUGAAGCGACCUCAGAGUCUUGCGCUGAUGGAGGAGCCCACAGCAACACAGAUCGUCGGACUGGAUAACGGACGCAGGAGAACCGUGACGUUCAGCCAGCAGGUUGCAAACAUUUUGCUGAAUGGAGUACGCUACGAGAGCGAUCUAAGUGAGAAUGUGGAAACCGGAGAAUCCCAAAUGUCAAUGAAGCUGCUGUGUAUAGCCAUCUACAGGAUGCCUCCCUCACUGAGGAGUUUAUGCACUAAUCAUUUUCUGGGCUGGUUGUCCUUCGAGGGCAUGCUGCUCUUCUACACCGACUUCAUGGGGGAGGUUGUGUUUGAAGGAGACCCCAAAGCGCCCCAUGAUUCUGAGGCUUACCAGCGCUACAACGCCGGCGUCAGCAUGGGCUGCUGGGGCAUGUGCAUCUAUGCAUUUAGUGCUGCUUUCUAUUCAGCCAUACUGGAGAAACUGGAGGAGCGUUUCUCUCUCCGCACGCUGUACUUUUUUGCCUACUUGGCAUUUGGUUUGGGCACGGGCCUGGCAACGCUAUCCACAAAUCUCUACGUGGUGCUUUCGCUCUGUGUCACCUACGGGGUGCUCUUCUCCUCUUUGUGCACGCUGCCUUACUCUCUGCUGUGUGAAUACUACCAAAGCCCUCAAUUUUGCGGCUCGUCGGAGGAGGGGACCAGACGAGGGAUGGGGGUGGACAUCUCUCUUCUCAGCUGUCAGUAUUUCCUGGCACAGAUCCUGGUUUCUGUGGCGAUGGGACCUCUGACCUCGCUGGUGGGCGGGGCUCAGGGAGUGAUGUACUUUGCAAGCCUGAUGUCAUUCGUGGGUUGCCUGUACUCGUCCCUCUGCGUGGUGUACCAGCUGCCCCCCCCUGAGGGUGAGCCCCCCGAUAACGAGACCCAGCCAUUAUUGGCGCACUCUUAACAAAGCCUCUUCAUUCUGUUUACCUCACCACAACACUGAACGCCACGCACCCCCAUGCUAGCGCCUGAGUGGGUUUCAUGUCUCUGGUAGCAACAGACACGCCGCACAUCCUGCCGCACACUGUACAGCACAGUUCCCUAUGUUUCACGCUGCUCUCCUCAGAGCUCAACAGACAGAUAGACAGACAUUUGACCACCUCUCUGACAAGUGUAAACAUGACCUGUGUGUGUUCUUACAGUGUGUGUGCCCACGCAUCUUCCCCACCAACCUUUUCAAAUGAAUGUGUGUGGUCAUUUUGAACGAGUAGGCCCUGCAAAAAAAGGGAGAAUAUAUCCGAACAGCAGAAAUUUUCUUUUAUUGGAUGAACUUUGAAACUGUUUGGGUUUGAUGUGAAGAAAGGUGUACACUUCCAGUAUUUUACAUCUCUGUAAAAUCUAAUAGAUACAAAACCACCAAUGUAUUACAGUAAAUGGACAAAAUUGACCAUUUUUGUUUUUGUACCCCCCAAAAAAUCCUAUUCAGUCUCCAGAUUUAAACUAGAAAACAUAUUUUUACUAAAAAGAGUAUUUUUUAUCACACACCAUGCCGGCAAAUCAGCAUAAUACUGCUGCCAUGCCAUGGCGUGCCUUAUGAAUGCGCUGUGGCAGGUGGCGUUGUGGGAAUUUUGCAGUAUUGGCGCAACAAAGGAUGAUGUCAUCUUCAAGUGGGGAGUUACUGCUGAGCUCCGGCCAGCAGCUAUACUGAAAAUGAAAGUAAACACGGGCCGUAAGUUACGCUUUAGUGAACAGAACCAGCUGAGAUGAUCAACUGGAGCGAUGCAGAGCUCCGGGAGCUUCUCUCUGAUGGAGCUGGAGCUCAGAUCACCAGAGACUGCACAGGAACUCUUGAGCACAGACACCUUUAGGAGCGGCUUGUCAAAAAAAACGUAAUGAGUGCGGCUUCAGUCGCAAUAAAAAGCAAGUUAUGUCCAAGUUAAACGGACAUCUACAGCGGCACAGAGACUACCCCCUUACCCCUUUAAAACAGGAAACAAUUGCACCACAUAACCACUGCGGUUUGACCAUUUAUAAACGACCUAAGGCUCCCUGAUGCCGACUCAGCGUUGCAGCAAAUUGGCUGCAGUGUUUUCUAAACGAGGCUAAGGCCUUGCCGCAGACGUUGUGUCCUGCUAAGCUUGACAAUCAGCAGGAAACACGUAACCAGUGUGUUGACCUUUGGUUUAACACAUGACCACAGCAGGAUGAAAUACAUCAUCUUCUCUCCUCCGCAGUACAAAUACUUCAGCUCCAUGUCAGAGAGAGCCACUAGCUCGCAAAUCAAUUUGCAAAACUAUUCCAAAUGAAGAAGACCAACAUGUGUGAUAAUAUUAUUUAAAGUGGACUUUAAGUCAUGAUUUGGAGAGACUUUGUUUAAUAAUCUACAGUUUUUUAUUAAAUUUGACAAACCCAAAUUUAAGAGAAACGAGCAUUUUGUCAUUAGAUCUUCUUUUUUUUGCUAGAUAGAUAUUUUUCUCAUUAAUAUAUCUUAGUCAUUUUGUAUUUUGUACGACUUGUCUGGAAUUGUGGCAUCAACAAGUCAUCUCCAUGCAUGUUUUUGUCCUGCUAAGCAACUGAACCAGGUUCAUUCACUGUGCUGAGUGAAAUCACCUGGUUUAGCUGCUGAGCUGAAGAAAAGCACAGCACGGAGAUGACUUAUUGAUGCCCCAUCCCUGGUGUUGGCAGCUGCUCUUCUAUCUAAGUUGUGUUGUAGAUCCUUCUGUAAAAAUUUGCAAACAAACAAGUGGCGCCACCAGAAAAUGGUGGGUGGGUAGGGGGGAGGCUCUGAUAGGAUUUAACAUGUAUUUGCAGAUUACAGAAGAUGCAGCAUGAUGUGUGUUAACAUAUGAGUUAUUGAGGGGGUGGGGGUCUUCCCUGGGGUGACAAAGGGGUGCCUAGGUGCCCCCCGGUCACCUCUUGGGGGGUUAUGUUUAUUUAUUUAGCAGACGCUUUUUAUCCAAAGCGACUUACAAUUUAUAACCUAUAGGGCAUGUUGUGAUCUGUGGGGGAAACCGGAGUACCCGGAGGAAACCCACGCAUGCAUGGGGAGAACACGCAACUCCACGCAGAAAGGCCGCAGCCGAGUUUCGAACCUACGGGGUGUAGCUGCAAACAAAAGCUAAAUUAUUGACGCAUCUUUAUCUGUCAAGCCCAAAUGGUUUCAGUUUUCAUUAAACUAAUACUUUGCUGUUCCAUCCGAUUUAAACUGUGUGUGUGUGUGUGUGUGUGUGUGUGUGUGUGUGUGUGUGUGUGUGUGUGUGUGUGUGUGUGUGUGUGUGUGUGUGUGUGUGUGUGUGUGUGUGUGUGUGUGACAGCCAAGAAAAAACUUUUUGAGUAUCAGUUAGAUGUUUUUCUGUCGAGUUCUCUGCGGUCAAAGCUCAGGUUUUGUUCUUGCUUGCUUGUUGGUGUUUGGGGUGUCAGUGUCGAUCCCUUCGUUCAAGCUAACCAUCAUUUUUUUUCCUUUGAUCAGUCCCCAAACAUCUGCAUGAGCUGCAGUGAGAUCCCUCAAAGAAACACGGUUUUUGUUCUGGUCACAUGGCCAAAGGAAUGUCUACCUGCCUGUUUCUCUGAGUUAGAUCAACAGCAUUCACAUCUACAGCAGGAUUUUCUGUCAAAUCAAUGUGCUGCAAGUAACUUCUGACACUGUUCAAAUUUUUACAGUACACCUAAAAGCUAUUUUAGCAUGAGUUAGCAAACCUUUACUUAACUUUCAUAAGAUUAUACUGAAUACACUUUUCCAUAGUAUUAGAAGGGCUUAACAUGGUUGCCUUUGUAUUGCAAAGACUUUUCACAAUCUAGUUCGUCAGAGACCAAUUUGACUUUUUGCUGAUACUCCCACCCACAUUAUUAAUUCACAUCAGUUAAUAUUCAGUUCAUCAUAGCACACAGGUGUAGCUCUCUCUGGGCCCUCACUAAGCCACGGACAGCUCUCUGAGCCGACACCGUACUCCCGGCCAUUCCAUUGUAAUAAUGACAAUGAUUCUUGUCAUUGUCAGGAAGAGGAGAAGUUGAAACUGGGGUGUGAGUCAGCAUUCAGUCAAGCAAAACAGAAGAACAGCAAACGGACAGAAGACCCACGUGGAUUGUGGGUAACUCUGAAGAUGGACGGCGUUAGAAAUGACUGUGGGGAUUCUCAGAGCCAGCAGCCAGAGCUUCUCGUCAUCGUUAGGGUGCAUGAUCAAUUCAAUAGGCUUCUGCUCCACCAUGCACAGUCCAUCAUCUCAGUACAAUGAUCAGUCCUCACUUGGAAGCUGCUCUUCCUUCUUCGAUCCUGAGGAAGCCAUCUUGUUUUGUUUUUGUUUACAUUUGCUCUACCACGGCAUACGUCUGGCCUAGACACAAGACAAACUACUAUUAUGUGAAGCCCAUUGUUGUGAUGGAUCCAUUGAGCACCUUCGUGCUCCUUGAGUAAUUGCCUAUUAAAGCCUCCUGGACUGACCAGAUGCA